CAGGACUAAUCCCGGAAGGGCGGGCCGACCGAGGACACGUCUGCUUCCGCCGGGGUGGAGGCGGAGGUGCAGCCAUGAGUCGCUUCAAGUUCGUGGAUAUUGGUAUCAACUUGACAGAUCCUAUGUUCAGAGGAAUUUAUAGAGGGGUUCAGAAGCAUCAAGAUGACUUGCAGGAUGUGAUAGAGAGAGCCGUCCAGAUUGGUGUUAAAAAGUUUAUGAUUACAGGUGGAGAUCUACAAGACAGUAAAGAGGCACUGCAGUUGGCGCAGACAAAAGAUAUGUUUUUCAGCACAGUUGGUUGCCAUCCUACAAGAUGUGGUGAAUUUGAAAAGAAUAAUCCUGAUCUUUACCUGAAUGAGUUGCUAGAUCUUGCUGAAAACAACAAGGGAAAAGUUGUAGCAAUAGGGGAGUGUGGACUCGAUUUUGACCGGCUACAGUUUUGCCCCAAAGAUAUUCAGCUUAAAUAUUUUGAAAAACAAUUUGAACUGUCUGAACAAACAAAAUUACCAAUGUUUCUUCAUUGUCGAAACUCACAUGAUGAAUUUUUGGAUAUAAUGAAGAGAAACAGAGAUCGGUGUGUAGGUGGAGUGGUACACUCAUUUGAUGGUACCAAGGAAGCAGCAGCUGCUUUGACCGACUUGGAUCUUUAUAUAGGGUUUAAUGGUUGGUACGUUGUUAGCUCACUGAAAACUGAGGCAAAUUUGGAAGUUUUGAAGUCAAUACCUAGCGAAAAAUUAAUGAUUGAGACUGAUGCGCCUUGGUGUGGAGUUAAAAGUACACAUGCUGGAUCAAAAUAUAUAAAAACUUCAUUUCCUACCAAGAAGAAAUGGGAAAAUGGGCAUUGUUUAAAAGACAGAAAUGAACCCUGCCAUAUAAUGUAAGUGUUUUUCUUUUAUGGUCUUCAGAAUCGCUGAAGGCAGCCACCAAAUGCCGGUUACUAAAAAAUGAAGUCUAAGGGCAGAACUGAAGUUUUGUGAAAUCCAGAUCUAGUACAGGUCAUUCUGACAAGUGUACACGGAAACAUGUAAUGUGCACACACGCAUACAUUACUAUGAGCUAAAGUUCAAUUGCAGGUCAAAGAUUAUUUCAGCGAUGUUCAGAAGAAUCUGUACCUGAAUUUCUGUAUCUGGACUCCUAGCUUCACAUCCUUUCAACCUAGCAAAUUUAUUGCAGCAGUGAGAAAUCUGAUUUUGGAUUGGUUACCUGUCAUUCUGCAAGAAGGAAAAGAUCCUAUAGCUAUCCAUGCACCCUACCUGACCUAAGUUUAUUCUCAUGUACUUUCUCUUCUAUUUGUAACCAGUUAGCCUUAGCAGACCUUUUGUGAAUGUGUCUGCAGUUUACAUGAUUUCACAACCUGAAUAUAGGAAAUAACACAUUUCUUUAAGCGUAGGAACAAAAUGACAAGUGAUAGGGUUUCCUUUUCUACCCUUGCUCCCAAAAAAGGCAGAACUUUGUAACACAUUCAAAAAAAUUAAUACUGGAUUGUUACCUUUAGACUGCCAAUUUUUCCAAAAUGCAAUUUUUUUUUUUUUUACUAAUUUUUAAUAAUGAAUAUUAGAUAAACCAGGUCUAAAAUUCAGCAGGCAGAAAAAUGGGAGACUUGUCCUAUAAAAAUUAUUUGAGAGGUUUUUUUUUUCCUUAAUUGUUGACUCUGGCAGACUUUGUAAAAUUCAGUGAUUUAAGGUCUAUAGAUUUAGGGAUGUAUUUAGACUCUGGUUAGUAAAAAACAAAUCACUUGUCAUUUUUAUGAAAUACAGAUACUUGCAAAUUUAGUCAGAAGACAGUAUUUCUAAUUAUUUUUUGGAGAUUUAAGAGGACACUAGAAAUGACUGGUAUUUUGCUAGCUGCCAGCCUAGAAGGAGUAGGUGCUAAUAGUGUGUCCAAGUCAGUUUUCUGUACUGUCUUAAUCUUAAGUAAAAUUAUAGCCAUUCACUUAAGUUAUGCUAAUUACUAAUUGGCAAGUUAAUUUCUACUUAAAAGUGUUGUAUUUAUCAACCUCCAUUCUGUUGAGUUUUACAGUCAUUACUAUAUAGAGGUCUUACCUCUCUUUUAGAUUAGAAAUUCAUUGAAAGAGACAUUUUGGAGCUCUUGCCGCACAUCAGGAAAGGUGCAGAUUACUAAGGCUACAAGAAUCAAGACAGUCCCUGUGCUCAUCCACCCGCCACAUGAACAGGUUUCCUGUGCCAGGCACUUGGGGUGAGGCACUCAGAAUUAGACACUGGCCACCUGCACUCCUGAAGCAAACAAACAGAAAACAUAAUAGUCUGAGAUGGCAAAGCUUUUACAGAAUCUGUGUCCAGGAACAGAGACAUGAAAACUGUCUGCCUACAGGAUUAGAAAAGUACUUUACUUAGGUGACAUUUCAGCUGUUUACUAAGGAAGACUGGGAAUCAGGCCAAAGACCUUAAGCAAAGGCCUAUUGCAGAAGACUCGCUGACUCAGGGAAACAAUGAGCUUAGUGUGGCAAAGUAGGGUGCACAGGGUAAUGGAAGGAGAGAAGUCUGGGAAGGCAAAGUGAGGCCAGAUUGUCAGGUCUCCUGUAUGCCAACCUUAGUAGUUUAGAUUUUAUGAGGACCCAAAGGAUUUUAAAUGGGAGAAUGGCAAAAAUAAAGCCCCCGUUCUAACAGGUUAACAGAAGGGACUGGAAAAGAGGUGGGUGGUAGAAUCAUAUAGCUCUUUCCAAGACGUAACUGCCUAGUUUAAGAAUGCCACAUUAAACAGAUGCCAUUCAGUUCUCAGGGACAAUAAACUUCCUUUUUUAUAGAAGUAUAACUAUAGCUUGAGGCUACGUAAGCUAUCUAGGAACAGCCGGGCUGCAAGGGAGAUGUUCAGAGAGUGCCAUAAACUUUAUUAUUGCGCAUACAGAAGCAGAAGGUUCCACUAAGCACUAAAGGACUUAGUAGGAAAUUUGUAAGUCAGGUGUGGGGACACACACCUUUAAUUCCAGCUUGUGGGAGCCUGAGGCAAGAGCUGAAGGCCAGAGUGGGCCACAUGGUGAGUUCAAGG